CCAUCACGGGGUUGUUGUGAGGCUAAAACGGAGAGGAGGAGGACUGUGCGAUCCUCUCCGGGUUCUCUGUUGGUUGCGAAGUUGUCCCUGACCCAUCGCGACCCCAUGGACAACACUCCUCCAGGCCUUUCUGUCCUCCACCAGCCCCCGGAGUCCACCCAAGCUCACUCCGACUGCUUCAGCGACUGGUAGGGCGUAAAGGAAUCAUGCAUCACGAAAGCGGACGGAGGAGCUAUGCAGCCUUGCGUGGAAAAGCCCUUGAAUGUUUGUGAGCAUUCCGUUGCCUCCAGCGGCUGAGCUAGUGGCUAAACUGGAUGGCUGUUUUACUUUCCCUGGACUCCGUUGGGAAAUGGAAGGGGCGGAGAAGGAGAGGUGGAAGGUUUGGUUCUCUGCCGCUUGCCUGGCUUAGGAGAAAAGGGAGGGAGGGUCGCAGCUCAGGGCAUCUUCUCCUGCUUGAUCUGAAGAAGGUCACCAGCAACAUCUCCAGUUGGAAGAUGCAUGGAACCGGUCCCCAAUCCAAGUAUUUCUACAUGGAUUUCACUGAUGAUUUCUAAGGGUGAAGAACUAAUGGGGACUUUUUCUGAGGGACAAAGAAACAAAUUCACAGUAAACUCAAAGAGCAAAUUCCCCACUCCUGAAUAAAAAUAAAAAUGCAAGGUCACCAAAAUGCACAUUAUUCGGGUUUUAUCCAAUGGGAUAAGUGCAUUCUUGGCCAGUUUUUCAUAUUUUUCUACAACUAAACUUCAGAAAAUUGGCCUGUAAGGGCACAGAAUUGAUGUGACCUGGGAAAAGCCAAUUAGCUGUGAAAGCCAGACGUUGGAUUUAUAGAAAGGCGUAACUCCAUUGAGUCUGUUGUGGAUACCAUUGACAUCUUUAGACACAAAACACAAGGAUGAAAGACAGGAGGGAAGAAGAAAACUCCACGGGGGCCGAGGACAUGUCUCUGCCUUCUCUCCCAUCUCUCUCAGCCCAGCCUGUGGGAAUGACUGCUGGCUGGAGCAUGCUGGGAGUUGUAGUCUAACAUCUGGAGGGCAAGGGAAAGCCCCUUUCUAUGGAAUCCCUUCGAUGCUCCAAACUUUUCCUUCCCAUCAUCAGCCAUGCACAUUUCCACCUUCAAAUCCUCUUUCCACUGAGCAUUCCAUGCUCCAAACAAUUCCACCCCCUCUCCAAGCGCAGACCCCAAAUAAUCGCUGUUCUUUUUGCAAUGGGCUGAUGGAGUGGAACUUAGCGGAACAUUGGUCUGUAGCUGCUCAGCUUCAGCAGGUAUUUGCCUUCAGGGGGUCCAACACGGAAUGGAAGGAGACAGGUUCCUCAUCUGGCUUUCCAGGCUGUUGAUGUGCGGACCACAAACGAUGCCUCUGAGCGGGGAAAGGGUCGGCGGGCUGUUCGUAACUUCUCUAGGGCCAGUUCCGGAGCAGCGUUAACGUGCGGCCCUCACACCCCGUGGGGGCCACGCCACCAGCCCGCAUCCCUCGUGGAGAUGUGUCAGCGUCAGCCUGACCUGGAAGGGACCAACCAGGCCUGCUGGCUUAGCCACAUUGCUAUAUCUCCACCACACUCGGUGCGCUGCAGACUCAGCAAAGCAUCGGCCAUAGCGGUGCAGAGCGUAUCCACCCGGAGGCGCUUCCUGAGGUGACAUGGAUGGCGGCAAUCUUCAUCCAAGGAUUCGCCCUCUCCUGUUUUAUGGAGGCAAUGCCUUGCAUUGUCUCCCAACUGCCAACAGCUUCCGCCGGAACCUUCCCUCCAUCAGUUCGCACAAUACAGUUAGCCUUCCGCUGGCUUAUUUGGUGGGGCGGUUCUUCCUGGUUACCAGGCCAGAAAGCGAGUUCAGUCUGAUUUCUGACCUCUGACCGAAGAAAGCAUGGAAUUCAGACCAGUGAAAGUGCCCAGGACUCACGGCAAGAAAGACAAGCUGUCGAACACCCUGUUCCAGAUCACGGUGGUCUCUGCUCUGGGAUCUGUCCAGUACGGUUACAACCUUUGGGUGGUGUAUUCCCCCUCCGUGAUCAUCCAGGACUUUUACAACCUGACAUUCGACGAGAACUUGGACACGGUCGACGCGCAGUUCCGGAUAUUCAUGAUGAGCAUCUCCAUUAGUUCCCUCCCGGUCGGAGGCAUAGUCGGGGCACUUCUGGUAGGACCCAUGGUGGAUAACUUUGGCAGGUAUAUAAAGAACAGAGGGAGCCUCGGGGACAGAAGGUCUUUGGGUCAGUUCCUGGCGCCUCCAGGUAAGGCUGGAAAACCUCCUGCCUCAAUCCUGGAGAGUCGCAGACGGUCCAUGACGAAGGCACUGGGCCAGAUGGACCAAGGGGCUCAAUGCAAUUUAAGGCCAUUUCAGACACUUUGAUUUAAAUGAGCCCUUUUUUUUCCUAAGCCAUGAGGACUAGAAACUUAGGGAAAGGGCUGGAAUUCAGUGGUGCUUUACGUGAGGAAGUUCCCGGCAUCUCCAGGGAAGACUGGAAGGGAUUCUUGCCUGAUGCUCUUGAGAGUUGACACCAAUCUGUGUUCGGCACCUUCCUAAGUUCCUAGGCCCUAAACAGAUCGUCCUGAGGAUGGAGAGGGAAGUAUGGCUGCUUCUGGCCAGCAAUACAGAAAUAUCUCCUCCAAGCAGUUUAUACGUAAUCUCACCCUAUUCCUCUGGAUCCUGUCUCCAGGGCAUCAUCUAACAUUUCUCCCCAUCUUAGAUAAUACACCAUGGGAGAAAGCUCCACGGUCCCAUCUUCAGCAUCUCAGGCUAAAUCCUUUGGCAUCACAAGGCUGCCAAAUCAAGUUUCUAGCCCUCAUGGUUGAAAUUGUGAUCAUGCUUGCUGAUCCAGGUUCACCACACUUGCAGGUGGCAGUUUCAGUAAUUCAGAUAAGGAAAGCUGGCAAUGCUCAUGUUCAUGGGACUCCUUAUCCAAUGAAGCUUUUAUUUUGCACUUUAUAGGAACUAUCCAGGCAGUGAACCUCCCAGCUAUGGCAUGAUCUCCCCACUGAGGCCCACUGGGUGACAACUUUGUCAUCUUUUCAGCACCAGGUUAAAGAGAGCCCUUUAUGCUAAGGCAUGUAAGAACAUAGAUGGUGAAGGGACUCCCCAUUCCAGAUGGUUUCCUUCAUCAUAUGCUGAUUUAGCUGUUUUUAACAUCCUUUUAAAUAUUUGCAUUUGGAGGGCGGGGGCAAGUGGUGGAAUUUUAUUGUAUUGCUUUUAUAAGCUGCCAUAGACUGCCCAGAGAGAAUUUCAGCUACUGGAAAUGAAAGACCAGAAAUGAAAAUAAAAGUACAGAAAUGAAAAUAAUAACAACCAGCGGCAGCUAUUUGGUGUUGAGGACCACAAACA